GAGGAGGGGCUUGAUGCCGUGGAGGACUCAGGCAGACGAGCCGAGCUGACCCGCUUGAGGUGCGGUGCGCAGCCCCCUCAUUGAAGCUCCAUGCACUGACGAGCGGCCCGGACAUCAGGUGUGUAGGUCGGUGAGGCCGUUAUACUACCCAUCAAGAUGGUGGCCUUGUCGCUGAAGAUCUGCGUCCGCCAGUGCAACGUGGUGAAGACGAUGCAGUUCGAGCCGUCCACGCCCGUGUAUGACGCGUGCAGAAUCAUCAGGGAGAGAGUGCCAGAGGCCCAGUCAGGACAAGCCUCGGAUUAUGGCCUCUUCCUCUCUGACGAGGAUCCGAGGAAAGGAAUCUGGCUGGAGUCUGGAAGAACCCUGGAUUACUACAUGCUGCGAAAUGGCGACGUCUUGGAAUAUAAGAAGAAGCAAAGGCCGCAGAAGAUCAAAAUGCUGGAUGGUGCGAUUAAAACCAUCAUGGUGGACGACUCGAAGACAGUCGGCGAGCUGCUGGUCACCAUCUGCAGCAGAAUAGGAAUCACCAACUACGAGGAGUACUCGCUCAUUCAGGAGGUGACGGAGGACAAGAAGGAGGACGGGAUGGGGACGCUGAAGAAGGACAGAACGCUGCAGCUCCGGGACGAGAGGAAGAUGGAAAAGCUCAAAGCCAAACUCCACACAGACGACGACAUGAACUGGCUGGACCACAGCAGGACGUUCAGAGAGCAAGGGGUGGAGGAGAGCGAGACGCUGCUGCUCAGGCGCAAGUUCUUCUACUCGGACCAGAACGUGGACUCUCGGGACCCGGUUCAGCUGAAUCUGCUCUACGUUCAGGCGCGGGAUGAUAUAUUGAAUGGAUCCCACCCUGUCUCCUUUGAUAAAGCUUGUGAGUUCUCGGGGAUCCAGGCUCAGAUUCAGUUCGGACCCCAUGUGGAGCACAAGCACAAGCCCGGAUUCCUGGACCUGAAGGAGUUCCUACCUAAGGAGUACAUCAAGCAGAGAGGGUCCGAGAAGAAAAUAUUCCAAGAUCAUAAAAACUGUGGAGAGAUGACUGAGAUUGAGGCAAAAGUGAAAUACGUGAAGCUCGCCAGGUCCCUUCAGACAUAUGGAGUGUCCUUCUUCCUGGUGAAGAAACCCCUUCUUCUGAUUGGCCUUCGCUCCAUUGUCAGAGCUCCUUAUUUUAACCCAGUGAUAACAGAGAAACAAAAGCCUGGAGACAUGAAAGGAAAGAUGAAGGGCAAAAACAAGCUGGUGCCGCGGCUGCUGGGGAUAACCAAGGAGUCGGUGAUGCGAGUGGAUGAGAAGACGAAGGACAUGGUGCAGGACUGGCCCCUGACGACAGUGAAGAGAUGGGCCGUCCCCAAGAGCUUCACCCUGGAUUUCGGAGAGUACCAGGAGAGCUACUACUCUGUCCAGACCACAGAGGGAGAGCAGAUAUCCCAACUUAUUGCGGGAUACAUUGACAUCAUUCUUAAAAAGAAGCAGAGUAAGGAUCGUUUCGGCCUUGAGGGAGAUGAGGAGUCCACCAUGCUGGAGGAAUCGGUUUCCCCUAAGAACAAAGACACCCUGAUGAAUCUGGCCAAAGCGGUGGCCAAUGCAGCUGCUAUGUUAGUCCUGAAGGCCAAGAACGUGGCCCAGGUGGCCGAGGACAGCGUGCUGCAGAACCGGGUGAUCGCAGCUGCCACUCAGUGUGCCCUGUCCACCUCACAGCUGGUCGCCUGCACCAAGGUGGUGAGUCCAACCAUCAGCUCCCCGGUGUGUCAGGACCAGCUGGUGGAGGCCGGGAAGCUGGUGGACCGCUCUGUGGAGACCUGCGUCAAAGCGUGCCGCUCGGCCAGCGACGACGGCGAUCUGCUGAAGCAGGUCGGGGCGGCAGCCGGCGUGGUGAGCCAGUCCCUCAGCGACCUGCUGCAACACGUCCGCCACUACGCCAGCUGCGGAGAGCCCAUCGGGCGCUACGACCAGGCCACAGACACAAUCAUGAACGUGACGGAGAACAUCUUCACCUCCAUGGGUGAUGCUGGCGAGAUGGUGCGUCAGGCCCGGGUGUUAGCUCAGGCGACUUCCGACUUGGUCAAUGCCAUGAGGUCCGAUGCAGAGGCUGAAGUGGACGUGGACAACUCCAAGAAACUUCUGGCUGCAGCCAAACUCCUGGCUGACGCCACCGCUCGCAUGGUGGAGGCCGCUAAGGGGGCGGCGGCCUACCCAGAGAACGAGGACCAGCAGCAGCGGCUCAGGGAGGCAGCCGAGGGGCUCCGUGUUGCCACUAACGCUGCAGCUCAGAACGCCAUAAAGAAAAAACUGGUCAACAGACUGGAGAUAGCUGCAAAGCAGGCGGCGGCUGCUGCUACUCAGACCAUCGCAGCUGCACAAAACGCUGCUGCCUCCAACAAAAAUACAGCCUCACAUCAACAGCUCGUUCACAGCUGCAAGGGAGUAGCCGAUAGCAUCCCCCAUUUGGUGCAGGGCAUGAGGAGCAGCCAGGCCCAGCCUGAGGAGCUGGGUGCCCAGCUCGCCCUCAUCAUGGCCAGCCAGAGCUUCCUACAGCCUGGAAGUAAGAUGGUGGCAUCUGCGAAGUCGGCCGUUCCGACAGUGGCUGACCAGGCUGCUGCUAUGCAACUGGGCCAGUGUGCCAAGAACCUGGCUACCUGCCUGGCGGAGCUCAGGACUGCCACUCAGAAGGCCCAUGAAGCAUGUGGUCCUCUGGAGAUCGACUCAGCCCUGAAAACAGUCCAGACACUCAAGAGUGAGCUUCAGGAUGCCAAGAUGUCCGUCAUCGAUGCACAACUCAAACCUCUUCCUGGGGAAACGCUGGAGAAGUGUGCCCAGGACUUGGGGAGUACCUCUAAGGCUGUGGGCUCGUCCAUGGCUCAGCUGCUAACGUGUGCGGCACAAGGCAACGAACAUUAUACAGGUGUGGCUGCCAGAGAGACAGCCCAGGCUUUAAGGACACUGGCCCAAGCAGCCAGGGGCGUGGCAGCCAGCACCAAGGAGCCGCAGGCUGCUGCUGCAAUGCUCGACUCAGCCCAGUGCGUCAUGGAGGGCUCGGCCAUGUUGAUCCACGAAGCCCACCAGGCCCUGGUUCACCCCGGAGAUGCUGAGAGUCAGCAGAGACUGGCGCAGGUGGCCAAAGCGGUGUCGCACUCCCUGAAUAAUUGUGUGAAUUGCCUGCCAGGCCAGAAGGAUGUUGACAUGGCCCUGAGGAGCAUUGGAGAGGCCAGCAAGAAGCUGCUGGUGGAUAUUCUGCCUCUCUGCAGUAAGACAUUCCAGGAGGCCCAGACUGAUCUGAACCACACGGCUGCUGAGCUCAACCACUCUGCAGGCGAGGUCGUCCACUCCUCUCGAGGAACAAGCGGCCAGCUGGCUGCGGCCUCGGGCAAGUUCAGCCAAGACUUUGACGAGUUCCUCGAUGCUGGCGUCGAGAUGGCAGGACACACUCAAAGCAAAGAUGACCAGAUCCAGGUCAUUGGUAAUCUGAAGAAUAUCUCCAUGGCGUCCAGUAAACUGCUGCUGGCUGCCAAGUCACUGUCUGUGGAUCCAGGUGCAGCCAAUGCGAAGAAUCUUCUCUCUGUGGCAGCAAGGGCGGUGACAGAGAGUAUUAACCAGCUGAUCACGCUCUGUACCCAGCAAGCAGCGGGACAAAAGGAGUGUGACAACGCCUUGAGGGAGUUGGAGGCUGUCAGAGGACUCCUAAAUAAUCCCAACGAGCCUGUCAGCGAGCUCUCCUACUUUGACUGCAUCGAGAGCGUCAUGGAAAAUUCAAAGGUCCUCGGAGAGUCGAUGGCAGGUAUUUCACAGCACUGUAAGACGGGUGACGUGGUCGCCUUCGGGGAGAGUGUGGGUGUGGCGUCCAAAGCUCUGUGUGGGCUGACGGAGGCUGCAGGACAGGCAUCUUAUCUUGUAGGUGUGUCUGACCCCAACAGUCAGUCAGGUCACGAGGGGCUGGUGGAUCCCAUUCAGUUUGCUCGGGCCCACCAGGCUAUACAGAUGGCAUGUCAGAACCUAGUGGACCCUGCCAGCAGCCCUUCACAGGUCUUGUCUGCAGCAACCAUUGUAGCCAAACACACCUCAGCUCUCUGUAACGCCUGCCGCCUGGCCUCCUCCAAAACCUCCAACCCGGUGGCCAGGAGACAGUUUGUCCAGUCAGCCAAAGAGGUGGCCAACACCACAGCCAACCUCGUCAAAACCAUCAAGGGCUUAGAUGGAGAUUUUUCGGAGGACAACAGAAACAGGUGCCAUGUUGCAACGACCCCACUCCUUGAGGCUGUAGAAAACCUCUCCACCUUUGCCAGCAACCCCGAGUUUGCUAGCAUCCCGGCACAGAUCAGCAAUGAGGGCUCAGCCGCACAGGAGCCUAUCGUGCGUUCAGCCCGCUCGAUGCUCGAUAGCUCCACCUACCUUUUAGAAACAGCCCGCUCACUCGUCCUCAACCCCAAAGAUCCGCCCACCUGGUCCAUACUGGCUGGCCACUCCAGGACGGUGUCUGACUCCAUCAAGAGCCUCAUCACCUCCAUUCGGGACAAGGCACCAGGACAGAGGGAGUGUGAUUACUCCAUUGAUAACAUCAAUAAGUGUAUCCGGGACAUUGAGCAAGCUUCCCUGGCUUCUGUUGGGCAGACCCUGCCCUGCAGAGAUGAUAUCUCCCUGGAAGCGCUCCAGGAGCAGCUGACAUCCUCUGUGCAGGAGAUUGGGCAUCUGAUUGAUCCUGUCUCCACCACAGCCCGAGGCGAAGCUGCCCAACUAGGACACAAGGUGACUCAGCUGGCCAGUUACUUCGAUCCACUCAUCAUGGCAUCAGUGGGGCUGGCCUCCAAGCUCCAUGACCACCAGCAGCAGAUGACCAUCCUGGACCAGACCAAGACCCUGUCGGAGUCGGCCCUGCAGAUGCUCUACGCUGCUAAGGAAGGCGGGGGAAAUCCGAAGGCGUCCCACACCCACGAUGCCAUCUCUGAAGCAUCCCAGCUGAUGAAGGAGGCUGUGGACGACAUCAUGGUGACAUUGAACGAGGCAGCCAGUGAGGGGGGCAUGGUGGGGGGCAUGGUGGAGUCCAUCGCCGAGUCCAUGGGCAGGCUUGAUGAAGGAACACCACCUGAACCCGAAGGAUCCUUUGUGGACUACCAGACCACCAUGGUGAAGUUCUCCAAGGCCAUCGCCAUCACUGCACAGGAGAUGAUGACAAAGUCAUUGACCUGCCCUGAGGAGCUCGGUGGCCUUGCCUCUCAGGCGACAGUGGACUAUGCACAGCUAGCACACGAAGGACGUCUUGCUGCAGCUACUGCAGAGCCGGAGGAGGUUGGUUUCCAAAUAAGGUCACGGGUGCUAGAGCUGGGCCAUGGCUGCAUCUACCUGGUUCAGAAGGCGGGGGCCCUGCAGCUCAGCCCCACGGACAGCUUCUCCAAGAGGGAGCUCAUCGAGUGUGCCCGCGCCGUCACAGAGAAGGUGUCCCUGGUGCUGUCAGCACUGCAGGCGGGGAACAAAGGCACCCAGGCCUGCAUCACAGCAGCCAGUGCUGUGUCUGGCAUCAUCGCUGACCUGGACACCACCAUCAUGUUUGCCUCAGCUGGAACACUGAGCCCUGAGAAUGAAGAGUCCUUUGCCGACCACAGGGAGAACAUCUUGAAGACGGCCAAGGCGCUGGUGGAGGACACCAAGCUGCUGGUGGCUGGAGCCGCAUCCAGCCCGGAGAGACUGUCCCAGGCUGCCCAGUCCUCAGCCAAGACCAUUACCCAGCUCACUGAGGUGGUCAAACUGGGAGCAACCAGUAUGGGCUCUGAGGAUCCUGAGACACAGGUGGUUCUGAUAAAUGCCGUGCGCGACGUGGCCAAAGCUCUGGCGGAACUCAUCGGUGCCACCAAAUGUGCCGCCGGCAAGCCAGCCGACGACCCGUCCAUGUAUCAGCUGAAGAGCGCGGCCAAGGUCAUGGUGACCAACGUGACGUCUCUUCUGAAAACAGUGAAGGCAGUGGAGGAUGAAGCCACUCGCGGGACGAGGGCACUGGAGGCCACCAUCGAGUGCAUCAAGCAGGAGCUGACGGUGUUCCAGUCCAGGGACGUCCCGGACAAGUCCACCACACCCGAGGUGUUCACCCGCAUGACGAAGGGCAUCACCAUAGCGACGGCCAAGGCAGUGGCUGCUGGGAACUCUGCACAGCAGGAGGACGUUAUCGCCACUGCCAACCUGAGCCGAAAAGCCAUCACCGAUAUGCUGACUACGUGCAAGCAAGCAGCGUUCCACCAAGAAGUCAGCGAGGAACUGAGGAGCAGGGCCCUGCAGUACGGAUCUGAGUGCACCAGCGGAUACAUCAACCUUCUGGAGCAAGUGCUGCAGGUGCUGCAGAAGCCCACACCGGAGCAGAAACAGCAUCUGGCCCUGCACUCCAAACACGUGGCAGCGUGUGUGACCGAGCUCGUCCAGACAGCAGAGGCCAUGAAAGGAUCAGAGUGCGUGGACCCCGAGGACCCCACUGUCAUCGCUGAGACCGAGCUCCUCGGAGCCGCGGCGUCCAUUGAAGCCGCCGCCAAGAAACUGGAGCAGCUGAAACCGAGGGCCAAGCCCAAGCAGGCAGAUGAGACGCUGGAUUUUGAGGAGCAGAUCCUGGAGGCUGCUAAGUCCAUCGCUGCAGCAACUAGUGCUCUGGUUAAAUCUGCAUCGGCAGCACAGAGAGAACUGGUGGCACAAGGGAAGGUGGGAUCCAAUCUAGCUAAUGCAGUGGAUGAUGGCCAGUGGUCACAAGGUCUCAUAUCAGCGGCUCGUUUGGUAGCGGCAGCCACCAGCAACCUGUGUGAGUCGGCUAACGCCUCGGUUCAGGGCCACGCCAGCGAGGAGAAGCUCAUCUCUUCGGCCAAACAGGUGGCGGCCUCCACAGCUCAGCUGCUGGUCGCCUGCAAGGUGAAGGCGGACCAGGAUUCUGAAGCCAUGAGGAGACUUCAGGCUGCUGGGAACGCCGUGAAGCGAGCCUCAGACAGCCUGGUGAAGGCGGCUCAGAAAGCAGCAUUUGACAAGACCGAAGACGACAGCGUGGUGGUGAAGACCAAAUUCGUCGGAGGCAUAGCUCAGAUCAUUGCGGCUCAGGAGGAGAUGCUGAGGAAGGAGAGGGAGCUGGAGGAAGCCCGUAAGAAGCUGGCUCAGAUCCGACAGCAGCAGUACAAGUUCCUGCCCAGCGAGCUGAGGGAGGACGAGGGCUGAGGGGCCGAGCGGGGAAGGACGUGCGCUGCAUUGAUGAAGACCCCUCUCGUCAUAGGCUGAUGUUGCCAAUGUAUCAAUGGCUGCUUUACUCUCUUAUAAUCGAGGAAUAUACAGCACUUGAAUCAGGCCUGUUGGGUGAGAACAACAAGUGCCUGUGCUCUGUAGUGUGUUUGUGUGUGGGUGUGUGUGUGUGCGUAUGUGUGUGUCAGCGUGUGUGUGUGUGUGUGUGUAUUUGUCAGUUAAAGACACUCAAUAAGGAAAAAGUUGUUAAUAUGAGCAGGUUGAGAAAGUGUGAUAAAGUUGUAUGGUUAAUGUGUUAUUGCUUUGUGAGUGUUACUCCAUCAUGAGCAUUACUGACUGUUACAAUCAUGAAUUUGAGAUGUUAUGAAUGCAGAAAUCCUCUAUAAUCUUUGAAUGUUCUAUUAGUGUUGAAGGUUCAGAGCCAAUGGAAAUGAACUGGUGACGCCUCCAAACAACCUUAGGGUCCAUGGCUUGUACUCCCAACAUCCUAUGUAAAAACAUCCGAGGGUUAAGAGAAAGCGGAGGGAGGAGGGACUCCUCGUUUCACCACUGCUUUGCAUGCACCAUAAUGUCUAUACAUAUCAAUGACGCUACUAACCAAUAGAGUAGUAUAGAGUGGAAAGUCACUUGUAUUUUGCUAUUGAAAAUGUGAAAUUGCUGAUCAUCUGGAUAAAUCAUUUCAAAUCAAGGAUUCUGAACACCGGCCAACAAUUGCUAUAAAAUAUUUAUUCUUGACAACAUUUUCUAAGGACAUAUGUGACCAAAUAUGUCUUUUCCUUGUGUGAGUCGGGCCGCCUCAUGUAGCCCCCGCAGCCUCACCUACGCAGGGCUGUGUAAGGAAGAUAUAUGUUUACAUUGUGUGUCACGUCUGCUCCUGCUCGUUCUCGUGAAUUAAUCCCUCUCCCUGUAACACUGGCCAGAUUUAGUUUGGGUGCCCGCUGUACUGCACACACACUCACGCAAACAUACACACACUCACGCAAACAUACACACACUCACAUACAGCUAUUUUCCCUGCUCGUCACCCCGCUGUUACGGCAACGGUAUUUUCACUUUGGACUGGCGGUCAAAAGCAAUACAACGAUUCUAGCAAGAUACUAACGAGGGUCUGCGCUGUCACUGGUUGGUCGAUUGCAUACGUGCAGUGACGUUUGGCUUUGCCCUCCUGAAUGACACAAGAAAUACAUUUUUGCACUGAUCAUAAACGUACGCACUGAAGAAGGCAAUUUAAAGCUUCCGUCACAUACAAAGCAGAAGGAUGUUCUGAUGGAGGAAACUGAUCCAAUAAUUUCCUUCACUUUCGUAUAUUAACGUGUUAUAUAUUGGAAAUGUUACGCACUUCAUCUCCUCAGUCUGUCCGUGCCAGUGUCUGGUCUGCAUCGUGUACUAGUGCCUUACUCGAGUCUGUCCUGUGAGCAGCUGAAGAUCAGGCCCGGUUUGGAGCCUGAGCCUCUUCCUCUCUGGAUCAGAACAUGAUGCCAUGCUGAUGCCCAUCGGGGUCUUAAUAAACUGUCACCGAGUCCCUCUGCCAUACAGUACAAUGCCUUGGCUGGUGACCUAUAUACCUGCCUCCAAUGUUAUAAUGCUGAUAUAUAAUAAAAAAGGGCAUCCGUGGAUACCUUCGGAUUCAGAGACCAUAUCAGAACUCUUAACACUAGACUGCAUUCCAUGAGCAUGUGGCAAUUUGUGUUUGAUUAACUUCCUUGUUUCAUCGUCUAAUCACUAUAAAAAAAAAAGAUUUGUUUUUAUCAGUAAAUGUAAGAAUUACCCUGAAAUAUAUUGUCUUACUGAUUUGUCUGAGUAUAAACAGGAAAUAGAAACCAUUAGUAGCCCUGUUAUGAAUCGGUGUUGUGCUUUCUUUAACAGACUGCAUUGGUUUUAUGAUUUAAUGCUGUAUGUAUAAUAUUUAUCUGGUCACAAAAGUAUUUUUUGUAUUCACCAAAAAAUAAAAAAGUUUCAAAACA